GGAGGAGGAGUCUAGGGGCGUGGGACACAGACAAAGAACACACACACACACACUAACGGACACACACACACUAACACGGGGAGAGAGCAGAGGACUUUUCUGUACACACAGUGGAUUUUACACAUGUGGAAUAUAUUUCUUACUUGGAGCUUUGCUGGAGGAGGCCUGUGUGUUCGUGUGUCAGUUAGUGUGUAGUAUAGUGUGCUUACAUUAGUGUGUUUGUGUGAGUGUCUGUGUGAGAGCAUGUGUGAGUGUGUUAUGUUGAGUGUGUAGAAGCAUAUGUGUGCGUAACAGCCUGGCCCCGGAUGGAAAGGGGUGUAGCUGGCUACCCAGAGGUCUUAGCUCCCAGCCAUGGGGGGCUGCCAGAGUCACCCCUCUGCUGCGGAGACACACAAAGUACCCCAGCCCUCUGACAUCACCAAACUGUAAGUAUCUCUCCCCUUCCCCUCUCUCAAUCUAUCCAUUCCCUCCUCUCUCUCCAUCUCCUCCACUCUCUUUUUUCCCCCUUCCCUCUUCUCUCUCCUCAUCCCUCUCUCUAGUUAUUCUAUGCUAGUUCAGAUUAGACUGGAUUUGUUUGUAGGGAGAUUGAACUCAGUUAGUUAGUUAGUUAGAACGCUCAAGAUCUGAACUGAGGUGGAGAGAGAAAAGCGGGGGAUAGAGCAAGAGACUUAGGGACUGACAAAAAGAGAGAGACGGCUACUGGACAUGGUAAACUGAGGAAUGUUCUCUUUAUAAGGACGUGUGUGUGGCACAUAUUUGUCUGAUAACAUCAACGGAUAUGGAUUCCUUUACUGAGGCAAGAAGCAGGGACGACGGGAUUGUGGUUUAAAAAGUGUUUAAGAAGAGAUGGUGUGUGCUUUAAAAAAUGUCAUGAAUAGAUAGAUGGCUUGUGUCUCUGUGUUUGAACAAAUAGCCAGUUAUGCUGGGCUUACUGUUUGCUUCGUCCACAGAGCGCAGUGAAACGUUAACAAACACACAAGUGAGAGAGCAGGCUCACAGUGGAGUUUGUUUACCUAUAAACACACCACCUACUUUGGGUUCAUUUGCGUGUGUGUGUACAGGUGGUUGGUAGAGAGGGUGGUCUAAAUGAAGGGACAAUUGUGCAGAGUAGAAUAGGGAGGAAGUUUAGUUAACAGUUCCCUCAGCGUGGUGAAACCAGCCUGAUUGCUGUAUUCACCGCUAGUUCAUUGAUUCCCAGUGUGACCUCCCCUCUAUCUGUACCAUCCCCAGAUGCUGUUUAAAAGCAAUUAUGAAGAUUCCUACAUACUUUGUCCUGACCUUAACCCUAACCUCCCUCUGUCAUCGUUCAUUCGCUCACUCUUUCUUGCGCUCUCUGUCUCUCUCUCUCUCUCUCUCUCUCAUUCUCCUGUGGACAAAGACCAUUCUGUUUUGCCAAUAGGACACAGGCAAACCAAAGCAACCCCAGCAGGGACUGAAACUCCUCAUAGAGAACAGAAUGUUUCUGUUAUCAGUGUAACAAAGUCACACACACACUUUCUCAAAUACACACACAGAUAUCAAGGUUGAAAGUAUUACAGUUGCUUUCACUUCACUGACGGUGUGGUGAUAUAGUCAGUGGAAAACAUUGACAGUGUGGCGUAAUGUAGUACAGUGGAAAACUGGGACCUGCUUUGCAUGAAGUCAAAUCUCCAGUCCCUGGUUUAGACUCUCUAGGACAGACACACCAACAGACAUACUGACCAAUAUCACAAUACAUUUCAUGUGUCUGUGGUUAUAAUGCAUUAUAACAAAGUAUUACCCCUCUCACUUUAUCAUCUCCGCAGCCCGCCCCUCAUUUCUGAUUUGUUAUGCUGAACAGGCACUUCCGUAACGACCAGACACAUAGCUUUUUAACCUCAUUACACAGGCACAUAAUUAAUUUGCUUUAUCACCCAUGAGCACCGGAGAUAACCCAGCUAGCACAUUUACACUGAACAAAAAUAUAAAUGCAACAUGCACCAAUUUCAAAGAUUUUACUGAGCUACAGUUCACAUAAGGAAAUCAUACAAUUUAAAUGAAUUCAUUAGGCCCUAAACUAUGGAUUUCAUAUGACUAGGAAUACAGAUAUGCAUCUGUUGGUCACAGACACCUUAAAAAAAAGGUAUGGGCGUGGAUCAGAAAACCAGUCAGUAUCUGGUGUGACCACCACACCUCGUUCGCAUAGAGUUGAUCAGGCUGUUGAUUGUGGCAUAUGGAAUGUUGUCCCACUCCUCUUUAAUGGCUGUGCAAAGUUGCUGGAUAUUAGCGGGAACUGGAACACGUUGUCGUACACGUUGAUCCAGAGCAUCCCAAACAUGCUCAAUGAGUGACAUGUCUGAACUAGGACAUUUUCAGCUUCCAGGAAUUGUGUACAGAUCCUUGUGACAUGGGGCUGUGCAUUAUCAUGCUGAAACAUGAGGUGAUGGCGGCGGAUGAAUGGCACGACAAUAGGCCUCAGGAUCUCGUCACGGUAUCUCUGUGCAUUGAAAUUGCCAUCAAUAAAAUACAAUUGUGUUCGUUGUUUGUAGCUUAUGCCUGCCCAUACCAUAACACCACCACCACCAUGGGGCAGUCUGUUCACAAUGUUGACAUCAGCAAACCGCUCGCCUACACGACGCCACGUCUGUCAUCUGCCCAGUACAGUUGAAACCGGGAUUCAUCCGUGAAAGAGCACACUUCUCCAGUGUGCCAGUGGCCAUUGAAGGUGAGCAUUUAACCUAAGCUAGCAGUGUUAUUAAACGUGUUAUUGAAAUCUUCAGUGAAAGUUAAGGAAGUUAUUUAAAAACCUUCAAAUAACCAAUCAUUUCCAUUCUCUGAAGUCGGUUACGACGGCAAACUGCAAUCAGGUCAAGACCCUGGUGAGGACGACAAGCACGCAGAUGAGCUUCCCUGGGACAGUUUCUGACAGUUUGUGCAGAAAUUCUUCGGUUGUGCAAACCCACAGUUUCAUCAGCUGUCCGGGUGACUGCUCUCAGACGAUCCCGCAGGGGGAAAAGUUGGAUGUGGAGGUCCUGGGCUGGUGUGGUUACACGUGGUCUGCAGUUGUGAGACAGAUUGGACAUACUGCCAAAAUCUCUAAAAGGAUAUUGGAGGUGGCUUAUGGUAGAGAAAUUAACAUUAAAUUAUCUGGCAACAGCUCUGGUGGACAUUCCUGCAGUCAGCAUGCCAAUUGUACGCUUCCUCAAAACUUGAGACAUCUGUGUUUGAUAAUGCUGUUUAAUCAGCUCAUUGAUAUGCCAUACCUGUCAGGUGGAUGGGUUAUCUUGGCAAAGGAGAAAUGCUCACUAACAGGGCUGUAAACAAAAUUUGAGAGAAAUAUGCUUUUUGUGCGUAUGGAACAUCUCUGGGAUGUUUUAUUGCAGCUCAUGAAACAUUGGAACCAACACUUUACAUGCGUCUAUAUUUUUGGUCAGUGUAGUUCCUUGUAAGUUGUGAGAACACACGUUUUUGGUUUACCAUUGGUUCUGGUAACAAAGCCAUACGUUUCCUGACCGGUAAAACAAACGUUUUUUUAAACGUUCUGAGAACGGAAGUGAACAUUUUGCCUGUUCUGGGAGUACCUUUUUUUAGGUUGCAGGUAGGUUCUGAGAAUGUUUUACUACGGUAAACUGGGAGGUUUUAUGAACAUUCUGAGAAUGGAAAUCAUUGGUUAUUUGAAGGUUUUUAGAUAACUUCCUUAACUUUCACUGAAGGUUUCAAUAAGACUUUUAAUAACACUGCUAGCUUAGGUUAACUGUUUUAAACUCCAAGCACAGAAUAGGACACAUUGAAAUUAAUUUGCUUAGGCAUUUUAUUGUGGCAUCGUGUCAGUGAGAUUCACACCUAUGAUCUUCUAUUCUCUAUCCAUUGAACUGGUCCACCGUGCCACUGAGAUGGAGCUAGUGUUUUUUUUAAUUUUUAUAUUCAUACAAAGCUUUAUUUACACCUGAACAAUAUAUAGAAAAUAGAGAGACGCUGAGAACGGAAGGUAUAUGUUUUUAAAUAACAUUCUUAGAACAUUCUUUGAACGUUACUAAUGUUUUGUUGUUUUUUAUGGAACGUUUUCUUAAUGUUCUGAGAACAUUACUUUAAAUAGAACUAUGAGGAAACCUGUAUGAAAUGUUAUGCUGAAGUACUGAAAUUCCCACAGAAGAACGUUGUUUCUUAACGUUCUCUGAACUAUUUGAGAACAUUUCCAAUGUCAAACCAGUUGGAGAACGUCCCUAGAACAUUGCUAAAAUUGACAAAUCUAACCAUGUUUGAACUUUUAGGAGACAUUCUGUUAAAUUUAAUGAAAUACCAAAAAAAUAAUGUUUUUUUUUGUCAAGUUCCUUAAAUGUGCUGAGAAUGUUCCAUAGCCAAGCAACUAUCCUGCACCAUUCCCAGAAAGUUGUGGUAAAGGUUGUAUGCAAAAUAACCAUAGGACAACCACGCUCUCACCAAGCUCUAAGAAACAUGUGGUUCUCAGAACGUUAUAUACUAGCUGGGCUCAUUGUACUACCACAUGCAUGAAUAUAUACCAAAUGUGGGAAUGUGUAUUUCAUACAUACUGAUACACACACUGGCUGAGAUAGAAUAUUCCCAAAGUUCUGUAUGAUAUUCCUCACCUCAAAACCUCCAGUUUACAGUGUGGACUCCCUAGUCCACCAGAGAGCAGCUGUACUCCUAAAUCCUGCAGUUCAUUGUUACUCAGAUCCAGCUCUAUCAGGUGUGAGAGAUUUGACCUCAGAGCUGAAGCCAGAGAAGCAAAGCCUUCCGCUGUGACAUCACAACUCUUCAGCCUGCAGUGGGAGAGAAAAGUUUACAUCUCAGCUCUACACGCAACUGGACAUAUGAAGGACCCAUUUAUAUUUUCGAACCUAUUAGUUUUAAUGGCAUAUUUGAACGAUGUCAUUACUUCAGUGUUUCGGUUUACAGUGUGGAUUCCCCAGUUGAACAGAGAGCAGCUCCAGUCCUGCAUCCUGCAGUUUAAUAUCACUCAGGCACAGCUCUCAGAGUUUGAGCUGAGAACUGAACUCAACAUAUCACAGCAUCUCUGUGAGAUUACAUCCUUUCUGCCUGAAUAAGGAACAAAGAAGUGACAGAUUGGGUCAAAAAUAUAUUAUUACUGAUGAAAUGGGAGAGAACAACCAUUAAAAUAUAAAAUAAAGACAAAGUUACAAAUAUUAAUCAUAAAUCGGAUAGCUUGGUCACACCUAAAUAUUGUGUAGAUUAUUCUGAAACAGUUAAGUGUACUAACAAAUGAGUUAAUACAUACUGUAAGGUAGUGUGUACACUUAUUACCGGGACACCAGUCCAGUUAUUGGACAAACUGGUUUUCUAAGAAGACCUGACUUAUGAGUUAUUUUAGUUAUAACUCUAUAAGACUACAAUUAGAAAAAUAAUCGUAAAUGUAUUAAUCUGAAGGUAUGAAGUAGUUGAGAAUCAAUUGGAGUUCUUUACCAGAAUAUGUUAUGUGCUACCUGGGAAGAGACUGCAGCAAAAGCUGUGUGUGUGUGUGCAGUAAACCAGAGAGUCCAGACUACGAACUGUGCAAUCUGAUGACUGCAGCUGGAGCAGUGAAACAUGCACACUUAAAUACUGACACACACACACACACACACACACACACUUUAACUGUGUGUGUUAUAUUGUUUAGGGGAGAUAAUAACAAUGAGCUGGUGAUGGAGGAGCGUCCCUACCUGCAGCAGCAGUAUGUCUCUGAGAGGAUCACACACACCGAUAUGACCGCCCUCACCGCCCUGCCACCCGGACUGGACCAGGCUGAGUGGCUCGCCAGCAACAGUCAGUACACAAACACACACACAUAAACACAUGUAAGCGUGCUCUCACACACAAAAAUCACACAAAGACCAGACAUUGGGAAUUCAGAAAUGGGGGAGCCCUAUUUUGGAGGGUUAGGAUUAGGGUUAAACCAGGGUUAAACAUAAAGCGAGUUAGGUUUAUGCCAAGAUUAGAGUUGUGGUUGAGGUUAGGGUUGAACCAGGAUGUGGACAUGAAGCUAGGGUUAGGGUUGAACCAGGAUGUGGACAUGAAGCUAGGGUUAGGGUUGAGGUUAGGAUUGAACCAGGAUGUGGACAUGAAGCUAGGGUUAGGGUUGAGGUUAGGGUUGAACCAGGAUGUGGACAUGAAGCUAGGGUUACUUUACGGUUACGCCAAGAUAAGAGUUAGGGUUAAUUUGGUAUAUCCCUAAUCCCAAUAUUGCAUGUGUAGAUUAAUUGGUAGAGCAUGGCGCUUGUAACGCCAGGGUAGUGGGUUCGAUCCCCGGGACCACCCAUACGUAAAAAUGUAUGCACACAUGACUGUAAGUCGCUUUGGAUAAAAGCGUCUGCUACAUGGCAUUAUUAUUAUUAUUAUUAUUAUGACUAUAACCUAAACGGCUUCUCUCUCUCUCUCUCUCUCUCUAGCGGUAGCGUUCUUUAAGCAUAUUAACCUGUUCUCCAGUGCUCUUUCUGAGUUAUGUACUCCUACCACCUGUCCUACAGCCUGUGGACCAGAUAACACGUAAGUCACACUCAAACACACACACACACACAUGUUAAUAUUCCCACUCAUGCAGACACACCCUUCUGCUCCCUCAAUGUGUGUAUGUGUAGGGUGUAUACAUGGACAGAUGAUCAGGGGAAGAAGUUAAAGUGUUCCGCUCCUCUCUACUUUGACUAUGCCAUGUCCUACAUCCAGGACCUACUGACAGAUGAAGACGUCUUCCCCACCAGAGCAGGUACACACACACACAAUGUAUAGUAAAUGAACACAAGUGCUGCAGACAUUCACUGCCCUACUGAUCAUCAACCAAUGACUACAACAUAACAAACCAACUAAUCUAUCAGUCAAUAAAAUACUCAACCCUUCUCCCCUUUCAUUCCCUCUCCCCACAACCUUACACAUCAUGCUCUGCCUCCUCACUCUUCCCCCUCCCUCUCUUAUCCCCAACACCUCUCUCCAUCCUAUCCUCCCAUUCUUUCUCUCCUCCCCUCCUUCCGUCACCAGGGUCAGUUUUCCCAGCAGGCUUUGUGUUCUUGGUCCAGAAGGUGUUUCUGUUGUUGUUCCGUGUUCUGGCUCAUAUCUACUGGAGUCACUACAGAGAGGCCCUAGUUCUGGGACUCCACCCCCACCUCAACACGCUGUUCACACACCUCACACACUUCAGCCUGCAACACGACCUGCUGGAGGCAGAACACACACAACCUCUACAGGACCUGAUCAUCGCUCUGGGACAGCACAGCCUCACCUGACACACACACACACACGCACCUUCACAGAUGUACACACACGCAUGUACGUACAUACACACACACAACACACACACACACACAGCUUCAUUGCAUUUAGAGAGACAGACUCAGCGACUCUGUGUAUAAACUGUGAGUUAACCUUUUACUGCAGUGGGCUAAAUCAGGGUCACAGAGUGUUUCUUGGUAGUCUUAAAAUAAUCUUCUUU